CGCUCGGAAUUGAAUCAACCGUGAAGGAAAUUUCCCACAAAACUUGGAAGAAGAAGAAGUUCAAGUUAUCAUGGCGCGAGACUCCUCGUAAUCGUGAAAACAACAACUUGUAGCUACCUAUCAUGUAGCCUAAUUAGCAGUGAACUACCCUAUAUAGUUUCUCUCAGGUACGAUGUCUUACCAGGAUAAUUUCACUGGAUAUCUGUAACACACGUUUUGAGAGCUACACAGGUAUGAUAAGAAAUGCACAUUUAGGACAUCCAGCUACUACAUAAGAUACUGAUUUUAUCAUCCAUAUGAAGCUGCUGUUCUCUUUUUUGCAUGGUUCUAAUUUGAAAUUUGUACGGACACUGCAUUAUGUCUAUCAGCCACUUACUAUUGCAUACCAAAGAAGAAAUAAAAAUGGAUUGACAUAUGAUAGUGUGAGGUCCAGAGUUCACUCAAAGCAACAGGCUUAUCAUUGCACACAGUCUCCAAUAUGUUGUUUACUACACAUCUCUGUGCAUGCUAGAUAUGUUGAAAAGAUCUCCAGUGACAACAUGGUUCGCAUCCUUAAUGUUGCUGAGAAAAAUGAUGCUGCCAAGAGUUUGGCAGAUAUCAUGUCUCGAGGAGGCUAUGUCAGGUCGGAAGGAUUCAGUGUCUACAAUAAACUCUAUGAGUUUGAUUUUAAUUUGAAUGGGCAAAGAUGCCAUAUGGUAAUGACAUCAGUAUCAGGCCAUCUUUUGAAUUAUGCUUUUAAUCCUGGUUACAAAAACUGGCAAAGCUGUAAUCCCUUGCAACUUUUCGAUGCACCUGUUAGCAAGACCUGCAUUGAGGGGAUGGAACUCAUAAAGCGUACACUUGAGAGGGAAGCACGCUUAGCCAGCCGCCUUAUCAUAUGGACAGAUUGUGAUCGAGAAGGUGAAAAUAUUGGGUUUGAAGUAAUCAAUGUUUGCAAAGCCAUUAAACCAACACUGCCAGUUCAAAGAGCAAAGUUUUCAGAGAUCACCUUCCAGUCUGUACACCGUGCCUUACAAAACUUAGCUCAACCUGAUGAAAGACAGAGCGUAGCUGUAGAUGUUCGUAGUGAACUGGAUCUUCGUAUUGGUGCUGCUUUUACCAGGUUUCAGACUUUAAGGCUGCAAAAAGUGUUUCCUGAAGCAUUAGCAGACACAUUGAUCAGUUAUGGAUCUUGUCAGUUUCCAACCCUAGGAUUUGUUGUUGAGCGUUAUAAGGCCAUUGAACAAUUUAUCCCUGAAAAAUUCUGGAAAAUAAAAGUCACACACAAUGGUGAUGAAGGUACAAUAGACUUCCACUGGAAGAGGGUGAGACUGUUUGAUGAACUGGCUUGUACAGUCCUUUUUGAGCAAUGUCAAGAUGAUCCACAAGCAACUGUCACUAAUGUGACAACAAAGAACAAAAGCAAGUGGAGGCCAUUACCUCUUGACACUGUUGAACUCGAAAAACUGGCCUCACGUAAACUACGUAUAAAUGCCAAAGAAGCAAUGAGGAUUGCUGAAAGGCUUUAUACUCAAGGGUUCAUUAGUUAUCCACGCACAGAAACUAAUAUUUUCCCAAAAGAGUUAAGUCUUUCCCCUCUAGUAGAGAUGCAGACAGCAGAUCCCAGUUGGGGAGAAUUUGCUGCUCGUGUUAUGGAAGUUGGGCCUAACCCUAGACAAGGGAAGAAAUCUGAUCAGGCUCAUCCUCCAAUCCAUCCUACCAAAUAUGCAAGUAAUCUUCAGGGUGAUGAAAAAAAGCUGUAUGAAUUCAUUGUUAGACAUUUCCUGGCCUGUGUCAGUAAGGAUGCUCAAGGACUAGAAACAAUUGUAGAAAUUGAAAUAGCUGGAGAGUUAUUUACCGCAAAUGGUCUAAUUAUAGUGGAGAGGAACUACUUAGAAGUUUAUCCUUAUGAUCGCUGGAGUGAUAAAGUAAUGCCACAUUAUACUCUCGGGCAAGUGUUCAUGCCAACUUCUCUGGAUAUGGUUGAUGGUGAAACUUCUCCUCCCAACCUUUUGACUGAGGCUGACCUCAUUGCUCUUAUGGAAAAACAUGGCAUCGGAACUGAUGCAACCCAUGCUGAGCAUAUUGAAACAAUCAAGUCUCGAAUGUAUGUAGGACUACAAGACCAUCACUUUGUGCCAGGUCAGCUUGGAAUGGGUUUGGUUGAAGGUUAUGAUGCUAUGGGAUUUGAAAUGUCAAAACCUCAUUUACGUGCUGAACUUGAAGCAGAUUUGAAACGGAUAUGUGAUGGCGUAAAAGAUCCAAGGGUUGUAUUGGAGGAACAGAUUGCCAAAUAUCGUCACGUUUUUGAAGAAUCUCUAAGACAGGCAGAAAAAAUUGAUACUGCAUUAGCUCAGUUUUUGAAUGAACAGCCACAACGACCAUCAGAUGACAGUACUUUUCCUGAUUUGUCUUUGCCAACUCCGGUAUGUAAGUGCAGCGCAUGUGGUUGUGACAUCAUUCUGAAGCAAAAGCGAAAUGAACCAGGAUUUAUGUUAUCUUGCCAAGGAUUUCCCAAUUGCCGUUUAUGCAUCUGGUUCCCAAAGACAGUGCUUUCUGUCACUGUUUCAGAAGAUUCCUGUACUCAGUGUGCUGGAUCACCAAAGAAGCUUCUGUUUAAAUUCAAACCCAGGUCGUACAUGCCAUAUAUUCCUGAUGAAUAUGAAACAUGCAUUGGUGGCUGUGAUCCUGACUUUCUAGAAACAUUAGAUAUUAGGCCAAUUACAUCUCAAAAUAGAAAUGGUGUGCAAGGAACACAGGAGCGACCAAGAGCAACAAAUUCAUCAAAUGAUAGUGGAUAUUCCUCACAACAAAAUACCCUUUCCAAUCGUAAUCAGACACGUAUUGUGUUUGGUCGUAAUAACAGUAAUAAUACUGUAAAUUCAUCCUUUAACAACAGAACUCAAAAUUCAUCUCAUCCUAAUGAUUAUAGACAAAAUACUGCAACCAACAGCCAAACACACAGUCAAAGUUAUAAUAAUUCAUAUAAUAAUCCAAAUUCAUUUGCAUUUUCUGGAGCGGGAACUCAAAACACAAAUAAUAACAGAAGUGUAAACAACAAUGUGGGACAUUCUACAAGUUAUUCUCGUCCCUCUUGGAAUGGAAGUGGGAAUACAGAAAGGGAGAAUGCUAUUGUAUGUACCUGUAAUGAGGAUGCAAUACUACUCACAGUUCGAAAAGAAGGACCUAAUACAGGUCGUCAGUUUUAUAAGUGUGCUAAACCACAAGGAACAGGUUGCAACUUUUUCCUCUGGGCAGAUGAAGGUGAUAAUGUAGGAGAUGAUGGCGGAGUAGGGGCCAGCAGUAGUGGAAGGGGAAACAAUUUUGGACAAGGCAGAGGAAGUAGUAACCUUUCAUUUACUCAAAACUCUUCUUGGAAUAGCAGGAGGGUUGACUCAGGAUUUGGUGGUGGAUCAACUUAUGAGGACAGUGUUCAAUGUAACUGUGGUAUUCCAGCUAAAAGAUUAACUGUCCAGAAAGAAGGACCAAAUAAAGGACGUGAAUUUUAUGGGUGUAUGAAAGAACGUAAUGUUCAGUGCAGAUUUUUUAAGUGGGCUGAUGAAGUAGAGGGUGAUCAACAGAGUGGUUAUGGUAAUUACUCUACUAACACUGGAUUUGGAGGUGGUAGAGGAGGCACAAGACAAAGAAACACAGGUGCCGCAGGUAGGAAACGGAAGUGUGGUGCCUGUGGUGAAGAGGGCCACGAUCGUCGUAAUUGUCCUGGAGGUGGAUCGUAACAUUGCAGAGUUACAUGAUCUUUCAAGAUGGAUCAGUUUAUGUAUUUACAUGAAAUUUUUUUUCACUAGAUUUUUAAGGAAUUCUUUUAGAACACCCUGCGUAAUAAUUUAGGAAUGAACAAGCAUCCUAAUUGUAAAUACAAAUUUUGAAUUAAAAAAUUGCAUUUUAUGCAUGAUGUUAAGCAAGUCUGUGCCUUACACAUUUAUUACUGUGAAAUGUUUGUAUAUAUUAUGUGAAAUUGAAAUAAAAUCAGCUGUUCUACUUACUCUUCAACUGUUCAUGAAAUAAUUUUUUUCUGCCUGUGAAAGUGGUUUUUCUCUAAACCUGUGUAUUUUUACUUGACAUUGUAAUUUCCUGUGACAUUCUCAAAACUGUAUUAUAUUUUCUGAACUCUUAACAUUGUACUUAUUUAAUGAGGAAAGGAAAUUAAUUUUGUGUAAAUAUGAGCUUCUAUAAUAAACAAGAGAACUCUAA